AUGGAACAAGAAGGUCGAGUGCUGCGGCCGCGGGCAAGAAAACCCUUCGAGCUUCCCUCUGCCGAUUCUACAGCUCCCCCAUCCCCGAUGCCAGAAGAUGCGAACAAGGACAUGUUCCCCAGCAAUAGCAACGGUAGUUUGAACGGAAAAGACAAAGAGGGACUGUUACCGUCUAGUCGGACACGAUCAGAUAUAAACCUGACCUCCUCGACUCUGUUGGGGAUCUAUUCGCCUACUGCUUUUGACGGUACUCGAGAAGAUAGGGAUAUUCCUGGUGCCACGCCGUGGGGAACUGGUGCGCAGACACCUAGCCUACGAGGCUCGACCAUCUAUGAGAACGGUGAAAAUGGAAGCGGGAGCUCGAGUAGCUACGGAAACGCUAACGGGGCCAGGUUCUCAGACGAGCAGAAGAAAAAACUACAAAAGCUUGAGCAGGAACGGCAACGCCAGAGUGAAAGUGGGCUGCUGUUCCUAUUCGGCGUGACGUACGGUGUCAUCAUUAUGCAUUUACAUGACAGUCCACAGAUGGCGGCACUGCUACCGCUCCACAUCCCCGUACGGGUGGAGGUAAUAAACUUCGGCUUGGUAUGGUGGCAUUACCUGGUGUUUUGGGGAGUUGCGGGAGUUGCGUUGGGAAACCUGCUGCCUUGGUUCGAUGUCAUGUGGGAGGACUUUAUGGGCGAGAAGCCCGUUAAGAAAACCAGUGAAGCUGGCUGGAACCCUAUGGUGCGCAGUAUCGGGGCCUUUGUAGGAGUUGCUUUUGCCAUUGUCUCGCUAACGCUUGCGCUCGUGAACCCCUUCCUAUGGUACCUCGUCGACCGCUCCAAAUCUGGCUUUGUUCUCUCCACGGUCAUCGGACUGACAGGUAUGAUGGCUUUACUUGAAAUGAACCCCGGCAUCGUCUUCUCGCCAGACAACACAUCCGGCACCAUGGACGACACUGUGUUCAAAAGCAGCAUUGCAGGCCUGAACGUCUCACAAGGCGAACUCGCGGUUGGAACGUGGAUUGCCAGCGUCCUGUUCUGCAGCUGUGUUUGCUUUGGAAACAUUGGCCGCAAACUUGCCCCUUGA